CACCACUACCCAAGAUGUGGCCAUGAUAUUCCAAUCAUUAUUGAGAAGCAAAGAAACUCAAUAUGCUGGUAAUGCUCAUCUUCAUAUUGGUCUCCGUUGUCUCAUCAUAUGGUAAUAAUUUCCCCAUAGCUUUGCCAAACUGCGACGACACUUGCGGCAACAUAACCAUCCCAUUCCCUUUCGGCACCAAACAGGAAUGCUACAUCUCAAAACAAUUCUGGGUGACUUGCAACCACACAGCUUACGAUCCUCCGAAGCUCUUCUGGUGGGACACACAUAUCGAAAUCACUAGAAUAUCCCUUGACGGACAGAUGACGCUGCUGCGGUCCAUAGCGUAUGAUUGCUACGAUAGGACUGGCGCAAGAUCUUCCAACUUCACUUCUUGGAUAAAUCUUACUAAAUACUUCACGGUGAAUAAUACCGGGAAUAAGUUCACCAUCGUGGGGUGCGAUGCCUACGCCUACGUCUCAGGGGAUAGGCUCAACCGCAACUUCAAGACCGGCUGCACCGCCAUGUGCAGUUCGGAGGCUGAACUGACGGAUGGGGAGUGUGCUGGCGUCGGGUGUUGCCAGACUCCCAUUCCCAGAGAUGCGUGGCGGAUCCAAAUUGAGGUCAGUAGUUUUUACAAUUACACAGAGGUUUCGGAGUUCAACAACUGCAGCUAUGCUUUUGUUGCUGAGGAGUCUGCCUUCAAGUUUUCAAAGGAUAAUCUCACAAACUUGGCUGACGUUGAAAAGCUUCCUAUGCUGGUUGAUUGGGCCAUCGGGAAUACCACGUGCGAGGAGGCCAAGAAAAACGCCACCGGCUAUGCUUGCACCAUUGACAACUCUGAAUGCUACAAACCUGUAAACGGCUAUGGCUACCGCUGUCGUUGCAAUAGUGGAUUUGAAGGAAAUCCUUAUCUAACUCAUGGAUGUAUAGAUAUUAAUGAAUGCGAAAAUAAGACUCUAAACAAUUGCACCAAGAAUGAGUACUGCAAUAAUACACAAGGAAGUUACACAUGUUCUUGUCCCAAACAUUUAGAUGGUGAUGGACGAGGUGAAGAUGGCUGCAAGCUUGCCGCAAAGAAGCAGAAUAUGAUGAUUGCCUUUAUCUUCAUUGGAGUUGCCUCUGGGAUUAUUACUCUGCUACUUGUUGUCAUCCUACUCUACAUGGAACUCAAGAGAAGAUCGCAGAGAAAGAAGAAGCAACGAUUCUUCCUCCAAAACGGUGGACAAAUGUUACAGGAGAAACUGGCGAGGAGAGAAGCCUCAUCGGACAUGGUCACCAUUUUCAGCUCAUCCGAGCUCCAAAAGGCUACCAACAACUUCCACAGCAACAUGAUCAUUGGCCGAGGCGGCUUUGGCACCGUGUACAAAGGCGUUCUAGCGGACAGAAGAACCGUUGCCAUCAAGAGGUCCAUAAGAGUUGAUCCCACACAAAUCGAGCAGUUCAUCAACGAGGUAGUUGUUCUAUCUCAAAUCAACCACAGGAAUGUAGUUAUACUUCUUGGUUGUUGCCUAGAAACAGAUGUUCCGCUUUUGGUCUACGAGUUCAUUAGCAACGGCACCCUUUCUUCACACCUUCACAAUGAGGCUAAGGCGUGUGCUCUUGAUUGGAGCACACGUCUGAAGAUCGCUGCAGAAACUGCAGGGGUGUUGUCAUAUCUGCACUCUUCAGCUUCUAUUCCCAUCAUACAUAGGGAUGUCAAAUCGGACAAUAUCCUCUUAGAUCACACUUUUACAGCUAAGGUGUCCGAUUUUGGAGCAUCAAAGCUGGUUCCAAUUGAUCUCGAGCAGCUGUCCACUGUAGUGUUAGGAACUUUGGGAUACCUUGACCCUGAGUAUAUGCAGACGAACCAAUUAACAGAGAAGAGUGAUGUUUAUAGUUUUGGAGUUGUUCUGUUGGAGCUAGUCACAGGACGGAGAGCAUUGAAUUUUGAUAAGCCGAUAGAGGAGAAGAGUCUAGCCAACUAUUUCCUGUCUGUACUCAAACAGGAUAUGUUGUUUGAAAUUCUUGAUGAAAAAAUUGCGAGGUCAGAAAAUAUGGAUCAAAUAUCUUUGGUUUCUAAGCUAGCGAAAGAUUGCUUGAGCGUGAGAGGCGAAGAUAGGCCGAGCAUGAAGGAGGUGGCAAUGGAGCUUGAAGGGCUAAUACUCGGAGGAAAGCACUCAUGGGCACGAAAUAAUGCAGACAAUGCAGAGGAGAUGGAGUCUUUGCUAUCAAAUAAUCCAGAUGGAAUGAGAGGUGUGAGCUCAAGUGUGGGAUAUGACAGCAUUAGCAGGGAUCAUAUUGUUUUACCAAUCAAUGGAGGAAGAUGAUAUUUUACUUUAAGAAUUUAUGUGUAUAUGUUCAUGUUGAGUUUUGUGAUUUAGUAUUGUGUCACAUAUUGUGUUUUGUAAUAUCAAAUGACUGUUUUUGUUA